GGCGGACACUGUGCGAUUUUAGCCCGAUUUUAAGCCCGAUCCGGUCGGAUGCGACUGAAUUUCAUGAUCGGGCCGAAUUUUAGCUUGAUCGUGAGUCGUUUGUCGUGCAGUGUGAGAGGGGAAGCGAUGUCCGAUUAAUUGCCCAUACGAGCUGCGAAUGAGCAGUCGGACGCGACCAGGGAUUUCUGACAUGCCAGAAAUUUUGGUCGCUUGUCUCACAGUGUGAGCUGUUUUGCGGGCCGAUUUCUUAACGUCACGACCUGUUUUCCCAAAAUUCACUGCAAAUAUACCCAUAAACCCCAUGCGACAGAUCGAGGAUGUCAACAAUGGCGCAAAGGCAACGCGUUGUAUGGACCGAAGACCUGGAGACCAGUCUAGUGGAGCUUUGGCAGCAGCAUUCGUGCCUCUACGAUCUUUCGUCAUCUUCCUACCAUGACAGACAGGCACGUGAAAAACGUUGGCAAGAGAUAGCCGGAGUCCUGCAGUUGCCUGCCAAUGAAGUGAAAACCAGAGCAGCUUCUUUUAGAACCCAAUAUGGAAAGCUUCUCAAACCUAAACCUAGUGGCAGUGGUCAGAAACCUCUAACAUCAAAACAACAAUGGAUUCUCACUCAUCUAGACUUUCUGAAGCCCCAUGUGACGCACAGAACCACAGCCACAACACUGGCACUUGACACUGUGGAGUGUGAGGACAUCGAAGGUAUAGAGGAGGAGCAGGAGGAGGAUGCAGACAUAACUGUUGACUGUGUCAGUUCUCCAGAGAUGGCAACAAGAAAAGGAGAUCCAACAGCACCUAGGUCAUUCCUGCAGUCACCCAUUACCUCUACAUCUGGAACCCCUUCACCUGGGACCCCUUUAUCAGCAUCAGGCCAGUCCUCUAGAUGUUCAACCCCUUUUCCAGAGGGAGAAACAUCAUUAUCUGCAUCUACAUUAUGUGUUGAAGAUGGUUCAAAAAUACCCCGCACCAGCAAGACCAAGGUCAGGUCCUCUGAUACAACCAACAUUGAACUUUUAAAGAUGUCUCUUUUGAAACAGAUUCAGUGUACCCUUUCUUCAGCUGAUAACAGUGAGGAUGUAUUUGGUCAACAAGUGGCAAGUGAGCUGAAAAAAAUACAAAAUUCAGCUGUUCAAUUAAGAGUUCGGAGAAGCAUUAUGAAUAUGCUUUAUGAUGCCCAAGAGGAAGAACAGGCAAGAAAACAUGGGCACAACAGUCAGUUCCCACCAUUUUCAGCACCACAUGCAGCUCCACCAAUUUAUGGCCACUAUACACCCAUUGGUAUCUCAGUGCCAAGUUCACCCUUUCACACUCAGCACAGCCUCCAGUCUCAGUCUCAAAGCCUUCAGCCUCAACCCCCGUCCUUCUUACAGAUGAUGAAUACUGAUGAUACAGAUACCAGUCUGUAAUUAAGAUGUUGCUCAAACCCCUCUACCACUGACUGUUUUCCACUGAAGUUCUGUAGUCAGUGCUUGAGUGCCUAGGAAAUUUCUCCUGAGAGGUUCAUAUCCCGAGUUAAUAAUUUCUGUUAUUUCUGUUUCUUUUUUUUUUUUUGAGUGAACUGUUUACAAAGUGUUAACAGAGAGUUAACAGAGAGAUGUGUACAAAGAACUUGACUUUCAAGGUCACUGUAUUUUAUUUAAAAUUAAAAAGCCAUUUUUUUUGAAGAAACAAAAGGAGUAUUCACUUUGAAGUUAACUGAGUUGAUAGUAAAUAUUUUAUGUUCACUGUUUACUGAUUACAAAAUAAAAUGAG